AUGGGUUUCUCCGACGUGGACCAGUUGGCUAUCAACACCAUCCGUGUUCUUGCCAUCGAUGCCACAUCCAAGGCUAACUCCGGUCACCCCGGUGCUCCCAUGGGCUUGGCCCCCGCGGCUCAUGUCCUCUUCAACAAUUUCAUGUCCUUCAACCCCAAGAACCCCGCGUGGCCCAACCGGGAUCGAUUCGUUCUCUCGAACGGUCACGGAUGCAUGCUCCAGUAUGCUCUUCUUCACCUUUUCGGCUACGCCCUUUCCAUUGACGACUUGAAACAGUUCAGACAACUCGAUAGCCUCACUCCCGGUCACCCCGAGGCGAACCACACUCCCGGCAUUGAGGUCACCACUGGGCCUCUCGGCCAGGGUUUCUCCAACGCCGUCGGUCUUGCUAUCGCCCAGGCUCACACUGCUGCGGUCUUCAACAAGCCCGGAUAUGACCUCUUCAACAACUACACAUACACUAUCUUCGGUGAUGGAUGUGCUAUGGAGGGCGUCGCUUGUGAAGCUGCCAGUCUUGCUGGUCACCUGAAGCUCGGCAACCUGAUUGCCAUUUACGAUGACAACCAUAUUUCCAUCGACGGUGACACCAAGUGCGCCUUCACUGAGGAUGUGCUGAAACGCUUUGAGGCCUAUGGUUGGCAUACCCUGUGGGUCAAGGACGGUGACCACGACCUCGAGGGCAUCGCCGCUGCCAUUGAGAAGGCUAAAUCGGUUACCGACAAGCCUACCGUCAUCAAGGUGACCACCACUAUCGGUUAUGGCUCCAAGCUGCAGGGUACUGGUGGUGUGCACGGCAACCCUCUGAAGGCUGAUGACGCCCAGAGCGUCAAGCAGCGCUUCGGUUUCGAUCCGGAGAAGACCUUUGAUGUUCCCCAGCAGGUUUACGACCUCUACGCCAAGCACGCUGCUGAAGGCGCUGCCAAGGAGCAGGAAUGGAACCAACUUCUCCAGAAGUACGCUUCUGAAUACAAGGCUGAGCAUGCUGAUCUUGUCCGCCGCCUGUCUGGCAAGCUUCCCGAAGGUUGGGAGAAGAACCUGCCAACCUACAAGCCUAGCGACCCUGCGGUUGCGUCUCGUAAGCUCUCCGAGGCUGUUCUCGAGAAGAUCCAUGACGCCGUCCCUGAGCUGCUUUCCGGCUCCGCUGACCUGACUGGCUCCAACAACACCCGCUGGAAGAAUGCCGUCGACUUCCAGCCUCCUGAGUAUGGCAUUGGUGAAUGGUCUGGUCGCUACCUUCGUUAUGGUGUUCGUGAACAUGGCAUGGCUGCUGUCAUGAACGGUCUUGCUGCCUAUGGCACUGUUAUUCCUGCUGCUGGAACCUUCCUUAACUUCGUUUCUUACGCAGCGGGUGCUGUCCGCCUGUCUGCUCUGUCUCGCGUCCGCGCUAUUUACGUCGGUACCCACGACUCUAUCGGCCUGGGUGAGGAUGGCCCUACCCACCAGCCUAUUGAGACUCUGGCCCACUUCCGCGCAUUGCCCAACGUUAUGGUCUGGCGCCCUGCCGAUGGAAAUGAGACCAGCGCUGCUUAUUACUCUGCUCUCACCGCUAAGCACACUCCUAGCAUUCUCGCUCUCACUCGUCAGAACUUGCCGCAGCUCGAGAACUCGACCAUUGAGAAUGCCCUGAAGGGUGGUUACGUUGUCGUGGAGGCACCCAAUGCAGCCAUCACUCUCAUUUCCACUGGUUCCGAGGUCAGCAUCUGCAUCGAUGCUGCUACCGCACUCAAGAAGCAGGGCAUUGUUGCCCGUGUGGUUUCCGUUCCCUGCUUCGAGGUCUUCGAUGCCCAGGACAAGGCAUACAAGCUGAAGGUUCUUCCCGAUGGCAUCCCUGUUCUGUCGGUCGAGGCUCUUUCCACAUUGGGUUGGGAGCGGUACUCCCACGAGCAGUUCGGUCUGAACCGCUUCGGUAUCUCUGCCCCUUACAAGGAGAUCUACAAGAGAUUCGAAUUCACACCUGAGGGUAUUAGCAAGCGCGCUAUUGCGACCAUCGAAUUCUACAAGGGCCACCCAGUGCGCUCCCCAAUCAACCGUGCUUUCGAGCAGAUUCUGUAG